AUGGAUUUCACCAACCUGGCACCGGACGAGGGAUCCUGGCAAAGGGUGUGUAACCAGGAUCAGACUGAGCACCCAGCGGAAGAGGCAACUCCUAGUAGAGACACUCUCAAAAUUGAUCCGGUGGAGCUAGAGCGGAUCCGACGCAUAUACCGAGCACCAUCCGACCACAUCUGCCCGUUGGACACUUCCAGAAAUAGAGUCAGUUUGCCAGCUCCUUCCAGCAACGCAGAUAGCACGGCCUUACCUCCAGAGGCCGAGCGAGCGAGGAUCCACGCGGAGUUCGAGACCUGGCGUGUGGAGAAUGGCUGGUCUUCCUGUCUCGCGCCGCCCGGCCCCUUACAGUCCGCCGCGUUCGCAUUUCUCGUUCCCAUCUCCCCGGAUGCGUUGCAGGCGCUUAAGAUACUUGACAACACGCUGCUUGAAAAUGCAAAUGCGUGUACUAGCCUCACGCUAGGCGGGCCAUCGCCGUCUUGCGUGAUGAAGCUGGACUUCGCCUUGCUAUCCGGCCGCGACUACCUUUCGUUUGGCUCUUCUCGCUCCAACGAGCUGACCUUUCCGGAGGCGGACGAUAUCGGUCACCAGCAGUUCCUCUUGCGCUUCGAGAUAGAGGACGGUGUUUUGCUUCUUACAGACACCUCCCCUCACGGCACGCUAGUAAGGAACUGCUCCACAGGAACCUCGAUGCUGCUCCACAACGACACCUAUCAGCUUUUAUCAUCAACGCAUAUCCUAUUUGGGCUAGGGCAGCGCUACCACUUUCGGAUCAUCCUGACUGAAAACGUAGAUUUCCAAGAAGAGUUCCAGGAGCUCCUCCAAACCUACGCUACGUCUAUUGGCAGGGCAGGGCCUGCGAUCCAGAAGCCGCCGGCGGUAACGGACCAAGAUCGCGUUCGGAAGCGGCGCCGCACGACCGCUACUUGCGGUGCCGGCUGCUUAGGGGGCUCGCAUGAGGGCGAAACGCGCCUGGCAAAGCGACUUAGGACGGUGGCUGACGUUGCGGACAUGAGGGAAGCCUCCUUUGUGGGGGACAUGGUGGGGCAGACGCCCGUGGGGUAUCAGCAGAGCCCCUGGUUGUCUUGGAUCCGCAGGGCAUUUUCGACGGUCAAACGCAGCGUUUUGUAG